UUUUCCUUGCAAAAGAAAUUAGGAAAAGGGUAAGCGAGUCAGGACCAACUGUGCUGAGUAGGGAGGGAGGUUCUUCCAAAUCGUAAACCCGUCGAUACCGAGAGGAACAGUCAGUGGCCAAGAACAGAGAAGAUGGACAGAGAAUGGGGUUCGAAGCCCGGCAGCGGAGGGGCCGCCUCCGCCCAAAACGAAGCCAUCGACCGCCGAGAGCGUCUCCGGAGACUCGCCCUCGAGACCAUCGAUCUCGCCAAAGAUCCCUACUUCAUGCGCAACCACCUUGGAAGCUAUGAGUGUAAGCUUUGCUUGACGCUGCACAACAACGAGGGCAACUACUUGGCCCAUACACAGGGGAAGCGCCAUCAGACUAACUUGGCAAAGCGAGCUGCUCGUGAGGCCAAGGAGGCUCCUGCUCAACCCCAGCCUCACAAACGCAAAGUCAACUUGCGAAAGACAGUUAAAAUUGGUAGGCCGGGGUAUCGAGUGACAAAGCAGUUCGAUGGAGAAUUAAAGCAGAGGUCUCUUCUCUUCCAGAUUGAAUAUCCUGAGAUUGAAGAUAGUACAAAGCCUAGGCACCGUUUUAUGUCAUCUUAUGAGCAGAGAGUUCAAUCUGUCGACAAAAGAUACCAGUAUCUCCUCUUCGCAGCCGAACCAUAUGAGAUAAUUGCUUUCAAGGUUCCUAGUACAGAGAUUGACAAAACCCCUGAAAAGUUUUUCUCACAUUGGGAUCCAGACUCAAAAAUGUUCACAUUGCAGCUAUAUUUCAAAACUAAGCCACCAGAGACAAACAAACCGCAACCUCCCCCUGCAGCCAAUGGCCCGGGUGCUCCUGGUGUUCCAUCAAGGCCUUUGCCCCCACCACCCCAAGCUCCACCCCCACCUCCUCCACAAGGACUGCCACCUGGUGCACCAAUGGGAAAUCCUCCUAGACCACCUCCGCCGAUUCAUGGAUCUUUACUGCCUCCUCCUCCGAUGGGAAAUGGCCCUAGGCCUAUGCCUCCUGGUGGAGCUCCUCCUGCCCCUCCUCCACCCCCAGUUGGUAAUAACACAAUGGCAAAUUUCACUCCUGGCACUCAGAUGGGAAGACCUCAAUCAAUGCCACCUCCACAAGGCUUUCCAGGACAACAAAUGCAGGGUCAGGGUCUUCGUCCACCCCCACCACCUCCUAACAUGGGCUAAGGGAAUCCGGAGCCUCCAGCAUCUCAGUAAACAUACUUGCAGUAUUAAUGUGAAGAAUGAUGUGAGCUAAAAUGACGCCGUACUUAUUGAAGCUGUACCUGAUUAAUGAGCCUUAAUAACAUCGUUAGUUGUUAGAUAUAUGUUCCUAGAUUAUUUCUUCAUAAGUCAUAUUUACCAUUGUUUUUCCCUUAUAAACAGCGAUAUUAGGGUUGACAUUGAGAAGAUGUGUCGCUGCUUGAAUUUUUGCAGCUUGUCUUACGGCAAUUUCUUGUUUAAUGUAAUUUCUUUUUGUGCAUUUUGAGCUGAGUGGUAUUAAGUGUAUCUGUGCUGGACCCCAAAAAUGGUAUUAAGUGCAUCUAUGGUGCCCACCCAUAAUGCCUUUGGAUGUGUUGAA